AUCUUCAAUAAUUCUCGCUUGUUGUCCGUCUAGCCGAUCCGUUGCUAAGGCGCCACCUCCGUGCACGUUGCGCCUGUAGCAAGAAAAAAUGGCGUGCAUCCAGGCCGUCGCGUCCUUGCCGUCAACAGUCGCAUUGACUGUUUCCGCUGUCCCAACUGGCCAGCGGCUUCCGUCAGCUACCGUCGCCUUCCGGCCAAUCAAAAGCCAACGCAUGGCUGCUGUGUGCGCGGCACGUUCCCCCAAGUCCGGCGACGCCUCUCCCGCGCGUCCUUCCGCGUCCGCGGCGUUCCGCCUGCUAUCGGCGCCGGUGGCGGCGGUGCCGCUGCUGCUGGCGUUCGUGGAGGCGGAGCUGCCGGGCGCCAUGGACACCGUCACGGCGCUCUCCGAUUUCCACAUCACCGAGCCCGCCUUCAAGGCCUUCUACAUGAUCUUCACGUGCGUCUUCUGCUGGGGCGCGCUCGUCUUCGGCUCCAUGAACGACGAGUACUACGAGAGCGACGAGUACCGCAAUGCUGGUGGCAACGGCACCCAGUUCUGGAUCUACCAACGGGUGGAGGAGGAGGAGGAGGGGGCGCGCGAGGAGCUGUGGAGGGACGAGUUGCGGCGCGAGAUAGAGGAGAAGGUGACGGAGGUCAAGGGGCUCAAGGGCGCUGUGAAGGAGGAGGAGCUCGUCUGAGGGGCUGUGUGCGUGCACUCCUGCUGUAGCGCUGGUCACAUCCGCCUCACUACUACUGUAUCAUUGUUUCAGUAGUCUUAAUUUCUACGUCAGGAAGCCCUCCCCCUCUUGCAGGUCGAAUGCAGCAGCUGCUGUUAGACACGAAAUCCUAAAAUAGGAAAAGGAAAGAGAAGAGGAGCAAAACACAAGAAAAGCACCUACAUAAUUUGAUUCCCUGGUUAGCAGGCACCUCAUCCUCUGAAAGCCCAGCCCAGCCUCCCCUGUUAAGUGAGCACCU